AUGAACGACGUCCAAGCAACCACCGACCGCAUCCUCAACACGCCGCUCCCGCUCGCUUAUGCUAUUGCCAUCUCGCAGCUGACAUGGGUGUACAUCCUCAUCCUGCCCUCCCAGCUGUACGACACGCUGGGGCUCGUUGCGAUUCCCGGGACUUUGUUCGCCGCCUACAUCAUCCUAGGCUUCGCCUACAUAGGCCAAGAGAUCGAGAACUCCUUCGGCCACGACGUCAACGACCUGCCGCUCGACGACUUCUGCAACCAGCUGGCGGCCGACAUCGACACCAUCACCACCUCCUCCCCCACCAACGGCGCGCAAACUUUUGUCCAGAGUGCUGCGAAUUGCGUCUUGUACCCGGCUUUGCGCUACGGGUACGACGUCUGGGCCGAUAGUGACGUUAGUGUUGAGGAGAUCCGGGCGGCGCUGAGGAGGAGGGCGCUGGUUCGUAUGGAGAUGGUGAAGCCGCGGUUGAGGAGGCGGAGGGGAAGAGAAGGAACGGACGGGGAUGGAGAGGGCGAAGGGGAAGGGCUUGGAGUUGGGGGGAGGUAUGAGAAGGUUAGGGCGACGGGGGUGGAGUCGGUGUGA